CUUUGAUUAAUUCUUUUAGUAUAAAAAGUGACAUUUUCGUAGUUUUUGUCACAGACUGUCAAAAGCGUAAAAUGGCAUCUAAGGCUUUAGUACUAUCUGCGCUCUUGUGUGUCGCUCGCUGCAACCCUCUUGGGCUCGGUGGCACCACAGUAUGUGAGUCCACUGGUAAUUAUUUACCCGGGCUUGGCGCAACAGUCUGUGAAGGGUCCCUUGGGCUAGGAGGCCUCGGAUAUCUCGGCGGCCUCGGCGGCUUAGGCGGCCUAGGCCUUGGCCUCGGCGGCUUGGGCACUGGCACCGUUUGCGAAUCCGUGCCUAACUAUGGCUGGGCUGGUUUAGGAGGCCUAGGCGGGCUUGGUGCCAUCGGAGGAAUCGGUCUCGGCGGAUUAGGAGGCCAAACUACAGUCUGCGAGUCUACUCCUAAUAUUGGAUAUGGACCCCUACUUGGCGGCAUAGGAGGGAUUGGCGGCAUCGGCUUAGGAGGCCUAGGCAGUGCGACUGUAUGCGAAUCUGUACCCAAUUUCGGACUCGGGAGAAUUGGCCUCGGUGGAUUAUCUGGCCUUGGCGGUAUUGGCUAUGGAGGUGUAGGCACAGUAUGCGAAUCGGUCCCUAACUUACCCUUCGGUUACGGCCUUGGCGGCUUAGGUUAUGGAGGCGUCGGCACAGUAUGCGAAUCAGUCCCUAACUUACCCUUCGGCUACGGCCUUGGCGGCUUAGGUUAUGGAGGCGUCGGCACAGUAUGCGAAUCGGUCCCUAACUUACCCUUUGGCUAUGGCCUUGGUGGUAUAGGUUUGGGCGGAGUGGGUACUGUAUGCGAAUCAGUCCCUAACUUACCUUUUGGGUAUGGCCUUGGCGGCUUAGGUUUGGGCGGAGUCGGCACAGUUUGUGAGUCAGUUAAUAACUUACCCUUCGGCUACGGCCUUGGCGGCUUAGGAGGCCUUGGAGGUAUAGGCCUUAACGGAUUAGGCGGGUAUGGCGGCUUUGCCGGUAUAGGAGGACUAGGCAGUACGAGUGUAUGCGAAUCUGUCCCCAAUUAUUUGGGAGGAUAUGGAGGCAUAGGCUUAGGCGGUUACGGAGGGGGAAUAGGAGGCCUCGGUCUUGGCUUAAACGGCUUGGGUUACGGUGUAGUAGGCCGUCCUUUUUUAUAAACAGCAGUACGUCGUCGGCUAAUCAUUGUAGUAACUUCGAAAUGAUUGGUUUUCACCCGAGGAUCUCGACACAAUCUUCUUCCAGUUACAAUAACCACGCUCAAAUUAUGACCUACUGAUAUAAUAUAUUUAAAUUGAAACUGGCAUUACAAAAAAAUACUUCAGAUAUAUUUUUUUGAUACUCCUCCCAUCACAGUUUUUUUUCGAAAUUUUUGCUCUUUUUAUUUUCUU